AUGGUGCCGCCGAGUCAGACUAUAAGUGCGUGGAUAGAAACGAACCUUUUUCAAGAUUUCGCCACCAUGCCGAGUGGCAGUGGCGGUGUUGAUAUCCCAUUGGGUAAACAAGGACAGAGUUCUGCCACUAGAUCCGUUAAAAAACGACGAGACGCCUCAGUUCUUGAUUCAUCUGUGGAUGAAAACGUACAUGUACAACACGAAUCAAUGCCUGAUGAUAACCAUUUACCAACUAUAAAUAAAACAAGCAAUAAGAAUUCUUCUUCAUUGAUGAAUUUGAAAGUGCUAUCAAAUAGCGACAAUGAUGGAAAGAAGGAUGAUGAAACGCAGAGACGUGAGCAGAUGGACGACUUAGAAGAACAGACGGCUGCUGCCCAGGUGUUGCAGCUGCUUAGUCUUAGACGUGUUUCCGAAGAGAAAGCAUCUGAUUCAAAGGAAGACGAGAGCAGGACUGUUUCGGAUGCGAGUGACGAGAUCGAUACCAAUAUUACCACAUUGACUGGGAAUGUUGUGUCCCGGAUGCAUUCUACGUGUUCUUUCACGAGUAGUCAAUUGACCGAGAUGCCGAAAAGAGAGUUGAUGGACGAGUGUUGCGCAAUCGAGCGAAUGGAAUCGAAGGACAAAAGAGCGGGAGAUGAUGAAAGCAAAAUAUGGAACGAUGUGACAGGUUUUACCUAUGAUAAUGAAAAUGAUCAAUCGGACGAUGGUUUAACGAAUAGAGUAGUAGAUGGAAUUACAACGAGAAAUAAAGAUGAGAAUGGGACAAUGAUAAGUAGGUAUGAUACAGCCAAUGGUACUGAUUGCAAGGGCGAUGAUAAUGAGAACAAUGUAACUAGGUAUUACGGAACUCCUGUGAAUGAUAUUAGCAACAGUAGAUCGAACGAAGGUUGCCAAAUGGAGACAGCAGGAUCACAACCAAGUACGGAAUCAAUGUCAUUAUUACAGGAUGCGAGCGCGAUACUUCUUGGUUGGAGCAAUAUGGACGCAGACGGGCAAUAUACAAUGGAAACGGAUAGACAGUCUGUUGCACCAGAUGACGCGGCAACAAAUUUACCUGGUAAGCAGCUUGUGAGGACGUGUAAAAGGACAAGAGAAGACAAUGAUGUUGUAAAUAAUGGAACUACCGAGAGAUAUGAUUCUAUCAACGGAGAGUCGUUUACCGAAAAUAUGUUUAUUGACGGAGUAAGUUCUGCCACAUCAAUCUUAUUCAAUGAAGCGAACGAAGGAUAUUCCGAGAUGCAGUAUAUUAACGAUUCAGCAGGCUAUUUGAUAUCACCGAAUUCUGCGUCUAACGAACAAAUGGUAGAGUCUGUAAACAUACCAUCGAACGAUGCUCGUUUAUACAGACGACGUAAGCAGAUGUCAACAGACAAUCCGUCUGAAAUGAAUGAACGUGAGAGCGAUUCUACUGUAGUGGCCAUAAUAAACAAGGACAGUAUGGAUGUGGUUCACGAUAUCGAUAACAUUAAUAACGCUGUUGGAGGGAAUAAACCAAAAGUACCGCACAACGGAUACUCGUGUCUGUAUCCCGGAUGUGGAAAGAGUUUUGCUCGCUUGUACAAUCUAAAGUCCCACCAUCGAACUCAUACCGAUGAAAGACCGUUCAAGUGUGAUACGUGUAGUACAGCAUUUUCUCGUAAUCACGAUCUCAAGAGGCAUCAGAAAAUACACCAGAAUUCAAAGCCUUAUCUAUGUGUCGGAUGUCGGAAAUUGUUUUCGAGGUUGGAUGCACUGAAGAGACAUAAGCAGAACCCAAAAAUUAGAGAUGCGUGCCGGAAUAGCGCAAUAGCAGAUGCUGAAAGACAUGGUUAA